AAUAACCAAAGACCUACAUAUAUAUACAAUAACUAACACAAAACUGAGUGAGAGAACUAAUAUUACAGAAGUAGCAUAAUUCAAAAUGAAUAAUAGGCUAUAAAAGUGGGCUGAAACUAGAAUGAAAGUUAAUAAAGAUGAAUUCAAAGUUCUUCACUUACAAAAAAGAAAUAAAAUACACACAUACAUGAUCUCUUGACUUCAUACUAGAACAUAUGAAAAUGAUUUGGGAAUGUUAAUUGUAAACUACAUAUGAUACAGCUGCAAAGGGAAAUGCAAUUCAGAAUGCAGCAACAGAAGCAGUAGUUACCAAAGCAACUAUAUUCUGCCUUCCUCAGACUCUACUUCAUGUACAGUAUCCAGUUGCAGAUACUAUAUUUUAAGAAGAUUCACAGAAACAAAUAGAAACACAACAAGAAGGAUCAAAGGACUAAAACUUUAGUUUUAUAUCUGAGGGAAAUUUGUACUGAAUGUUUAUUCCCAACAGUAAACAACUGGAAGGGGAUCUGAUAGCAAUUAUGCAGAAAUAGAUGGUUGAUCAACAGUUGGUCAGAACUUAAAUCACUUCAUAGUGCAAAAACAUGGAGUAAGAAUCUUUAAAUGUCAGGAAAAACUUAAUGUAAGAGAGUUUGAUAGUAAAAAUAUUUAUCCCAAAAAAUGGUAGGUUUCCACUGACUCAAUGUUUACAGAAAGAGACUGAAGGUCCAUAGUUCAGGAAUAUUUUAAUUCAAAUUCCUAAACUGAACAAGGAUUUGAUGUUAAUCGUCUUAACAGUCCCUCCCACCUCUUUGAUUUUAAUUUUGCUUACCCCCCUUUACAUUAUCUUAUAUAGAUUUUCAGAAAUUCAUGGCUGAAAAAACAUAAUUUAUAUAUGCAUAUAUUAUACAGCACUAUCCCUAUAUUAUGGGCCUUUAAAAAAAUUAAUCUCAGCUCUAACAUUCUUACAAAUCUGGAUAGCAGUUUUGGACAUACCAGAAAAGCAUCCAAAGAUAGGGAAUGAAUAGAAUUUAGGUUAAAAUGAGGGAGCUUUUCCAGCUUUGGGAAGCAUUAUUAUCAUAACUGGGUAUUUUGAUUUCCAAGUCAUUUAUAGUAGCUGACUUGUGUCAAAUGAUGAGCACCUUUGACUACCCUGUUCCCCAUAAAAAGUGCUUUCUUUGUGUGUAUUAUUACUGAAACGAACUAAAUCAGAGCAUAGGCAGUUUCAAAGGUAUGGGGAAAAAUAGAACAUGGCUAAGAAUCUUGAAGGCGGCUUAUUUUUUAAGAGCAGUUUUCAACUACAAUGAUAUGCCUGAAAUGGGGAACAGCAGGGCGACGCCGAAAAGGGGAAAAAAAUCGACCCGGAGUCUUAUCUCUGAGGCAAAAACCUCAGUCUGAAUUGAGAUGGAAGAGGGGAAAACUGCAUGUGUCUUUUUUUUUUAAAAAAAGGGGGGGUUUUAUUGUUUCAAAAGGAAGAUGAGCAGGCUUUGAGUGUCUGGUUGCCGCCUCGUCUUCCUAAACCUCGUACUGAACAAUAAACAGAAAAAAAACCCUCUCUCCUCAGACAGACCGAUAUCUACCAACAUGUAAACAAAAUUACACAUCACAUCGCUACGAAGGGGCAGAUUUUAUAAAAAAAAACCAAAAAAAAAAAACCCGAGGCCGGAGAGAAAGAGGCGCCGUGUGGCGGCGAUGAGGAAAACUGGAGAGGGGAGGGUAAAGGCAGGAGCGGCGGCAUCUUUAAACGCUCGACCGGCCUCGAGACCACAAUUCCCAUCACGCCCCGGCAGGAGGCGAGGAUGCCUUUCUUACAGAUAAGCCGCGCAAAGCGCUGCUGGGAAGACGAGUUUCCCGCCACAACGUCGCUCCUCCAGAGUCAAGGCGGCCGGUAGGGCCUUGAGGAGAAAAGUCCGAAGAGGGUGGCGGCUCGCCUCAAUAUUUCCCGCCGGGCGCGCGCUCGCUUAACGCCCCGUCGGCUGCCGGCCCUUGUCCCCACGCCCCCGGGCUCCGCGCCAGCCCAUCUCUCGUCGUGCUCGGCCUGAACCUUACCUCAGGCGGGCGCGAGAACCUUCUGGUGCUGCUUCUGCUGCCACCGCCGGGGCUCGGCGAACCGGAAGCGCGGAGGGGGGGCCCGACGGCGGCAAAAGCUACCGGGGUCGGAUAGGAUGGAGGCUGCUAAAAGGCGAGGAGGAGGAGGAGCAGCAGCAGGAGGAGAUAGAGGCGGCUCCGGAGAGCCCAGGGGUUGCGGGUGCAAGGGGAUCCGCUCUUGCCUGCUUUGCGAGGCCGCCCCGCCCCCGCAGAAAAGUGCAAACUUUGUUUACUGCCCACUGACCGGCUUCGCUGUGGGAGAGAAUCAAUCAGAAUUUGAAGGCUGGGCUUUCCAGUUUCCAGGAGUUUUUUUGCUGGAAGAGUUUAUAAACACAAAUGAGGAAUAUCAAAUGGUUGAGCUAAUGGAUCGGAGCACAUGGAAGCCAUCACAAUCUGGCCGAAGAAAACAGGACUACGGCCCCAAAGUGAACUUCAAGAAGCAGAAAUUGAAAGCUGGCUAUUUUUCUGGGUUGCCCAGCUUCAGCAAGGAGAUUGUGGCACGAAUGAGAAAAUAUCCAGUUCUUGAAAGUUUUUCUCCUGUUGAGCAGUGCAAUUUAGAUUAUGAUCCUGAGAGGGGAUCUGCUAUUGAUCCACAUUGGGAUGACUGGUGGCUAUGGGGAGAAAGGCUGGUGAGUUUAAACUUGCUCUCAGAUACCGUACUUUCCAUGUCCUGCGACUCCGAGGACAGUCUCCAGUUAUUUCCCCUAGUAUUUCACGAAAACAAGCAGAUGCACGGGUCUAACUCUCCUGAUGUUUCUCAGGAGUAUCGGAUUAAUGAUUGCAGUCUUCUAGAAAGACUAGAAAGCACUGAUCAUUCAUCCACAAAGUUAGUCCCACUCAGAGAAAUUCUGGUUGCGAUUUACCUACCUCAGAGAUCACUCGUCGUUCUCAGUGGACCUGCUCGCUACCAGUGGAAGCAUGCCAUUUAUCGCAACCAUAUUAAAAGCCGUCGCAUAUGUAUCACCUUCAGAGAAUUAACUGCUGAGUUUGGUCUUGGAGGAGAACAGGAAGAGCUGGGUAACAAUCUCUUGGACAUCGCUCUAACAUUCAAGGGAUCACCUGUAUAAAUCCCCAGGGGAAAGCAUUGAGGCUUUUCUUUGGCUGCUGGAUAUUAAUGUUCAGGCCAGGGGUUUUAUAAACCUGCUUCCUUUUUUACCUCCCCAGAGUGAAGGUAUACAUCAUUCAUUAAUCUUACAAAGGUGCUUCUCAGAGUUAUGUUCUAGAAUGUCUUCCCCAUGAUAAUUAAAAUAAUUUGAAUUAAUUUUUUAACCUACACUGUGGCUCUCCAGAUGUCACUGAAUUUAAUUAAUUAAGUUAACAGUGAAGAGAAUACAUGCCUCUUCUUUGGAAUCAGAAGAUUUCCUUUGAAAGUCUGCUUGCAGCACAUAGUCUGGCUUAUGUGUCAAUGUUGUGGUGCAGCACCCACAAUCCUCAUCCUUAGCUGACUAACUGGGGCUAUUGAAAAUUGUAAUUCACCAUCUGAAGGGCCAUAGGUUAUAUGUUUUAAUUAAAAGUGUUAAAUUUCUUAUCCCUAACUCUGUUAAUUAGUUUUAACGGUGGAUAUACAUUAAUUUUUCUUUUUAUUUUAUUAAACUCAAACUUUAAUAUAAGAGAAAUAAAGUAAAAACAGAGUUUAUUAAUCCUUCUCACAAUUAUGGCAUUUGUCCAAAGAUGCCAUCCUUUAUAUAU